GCAUGCACAAGCACAAGCACAAGCACAAGUACGGAAAAAAAAGAAAAGUCCCUGUCUCCAUGCAGUGCGCUGUUUAAUGGCUUCUGGGCCAGGGCUGUCCGUGUGAGAAGAGAAUCCGAGAAGAGACACUUUUGGGGGGUGGGAGAGAGAGAGAGUGAGAAGAGUUUUACCCACACCAUGGCCUCAGCCAAAAAGGAUGACACCGAUGAAAUACUGGCAAAUAUUAAACAAGAGGACUUUGAGUGGGCUGCGGUAGAGGAUUUGUGCAUGAAGGCGGAGGAACAUGAAGGAAGAAUUUCAGAUUUUAAAGAGCAGGAGCUCAAGUGGGAGGCUGGCAUUAAAGAGGAGGAUUCAAAAGACUUCAUGGUUGGUUUCAAACAAGAUGUCUGUGACGAGUCCCUUCCCAGCGUCCAGCCCUGGCAUUCUAAUGUGGGACAAAUGAGCACCCAGCAGAAUUCUGUGGAAUUGAAAUCUGAGGUGAAGGAUGAAGGAGAUGGGAGAGGAGCUGAAGAGCAGCAGCCACGAUACGGAGGCGUUGGAACGAUUUUACAUGAAAAUGCCAGCUGCUCCCCAUCUUUAUUUGUUCAGCCAUCUCCUCAGUACGGACUGCAACAGAAACAGAAGGACGAGAAGAUACAGGAAUCAACAAGAGGAUCCGAAAAUUUGACCCCCAUUUCUUUUACUGCUGCGGUGGAAGUGAUCGACACUGACCAACAACAAGGGCAUAACACAAAUCGAGAGUCUUUAUGUGUCAGUCGAGGGAGUGAAAGUACAAUGAAAAACACAUCUGACGGUAAAGAAGCAACAAAACCUUAUUCUUGUUCUGAAUGUGGGAAAAGAUUCCUCCAUGACAGUGGCCUUCAGAAACACAUCAGAAUUCAUACUGGAGAAAAACCUUAUUGCUGCUCUGAAUGUGGCAAGAGAUAUUCUGACAAGCGUGGUCUCCGAGUACAUACAAGAACCCACACGGGAGAAAAGCCAUAUGUCUGUGCUAAAUGUGGGAAAGGAUUCAAACAAAGUGGCCAUCUUCAGUACCACAAAAAAAUUCACAUUGAAGAAAGACCUCAUCACUGCUCUGAAUGCGGCAAGAGAUUUUCUGACAGUCGUGAUCUCCUAAAACAUUCAAGAAUCCAUUCCACUGAAAAUCCAAAUGUCUGUCCUGAAUGUGGGAAAAGAUUCCUCCAUGACAGUGGCCUUCAGAAACACAUCAGAAUUCACACUGGAGAAAAACCUCAUUGCUGCUCUGAAUGUGGCAAAAGAUUUUCUCGCAAGUAUGGUCUCGUAAAUCAUUCAAGAGUCCAUAGUGGAGAAAAUCCACAUGUCAUUUCUGAAAGUGGGAAAGGAUUUUCCCAUAAUGCUGGACUUCAGUCGCACAUAACAGUUCACCCUGGAGAAAAACCUUACUGCUGCUCUGAAUGUGGCAAGCGAUAUUCUGACAGGCGUGGUCUCAGAGUACAUAAAAGAACCCACACGGGAGAAAAGCCAUAUGUCUGUGCUAAAUGUGGGAAAGGAUUCAAACAAAGUGGCCAUCUUCAGUACCACAAAAAAAUUCACAUUGAAGAAAGACCUCAUCACUGCUCUGAAUGCGGCAAGCGAUUUUCUGACAGUCGUGAUCUCCUAAAACAUUCAAGAAUCCAUUCCACAGAAAAUCCAAAUGUCUGUCCUGAAUGUGGGAAAAGAUUUUCUCGCAAGUAUGGUCUCGUAAAUCAUUCAAGAGUCCAUAGUGGAGAAAAUCCACAUGUUGUUUCUGAAAGUGAGAAAGGAUUUUCUAACGAGUAUGGUCUCCUCGAUCAUUCAGGUGUCCAUAGUGGAGAAAAUCCACAUGUCGUUUCUGAAAGUGAGAAAGGAUUUUCUAACGAGUAUGGUCUCCUCGAUCAUUCUGGUGUCCAUAGUGGAGAAAAUCCACAUGUCGUUUCUGAAAGUGAGAAAGGAUUUUCUAACGAGUAUGGUCUCCUCGAUCAUUCAGGUGUCCAUAGUGGAGAAAAUCCACAUGUCGUUUCUGAAAGUGAGAAAGGAUUUUCUAACGAGUAUGGUCUCCUCGAUCAUUCAGGUGUCCAUAGUGGAGAAAAUCCACAUGUCGUUUCUGAAAGUGAGAAAGGAUUUUCUAACGAGUAUGGUCUCCUCGAUCAUUCAGGUGUCCAUAGUGGAGAAAAUCCACAUGUCGUUUCUGAAAGUGAGAAAGGCUUUUCCCAUAAUGCCGGACUUCAGUCGCACAUAGGAAUUCACACUGGAGCAAGGCUUCAUUCCUUCUCUGAAUGUGGCAAGCAAUAUUCUGACAGCCGUGGUCUCACAAUACAUACAAGAACUCACACAGGAGAAAUGCCAAAUGUCAGUGCUAAAGAUGGAAAAAGAUUCAGACAGACUGGCCAUCUUGAUUCCCACACAAUAAUUCAUACUGAAGAAAAAGCUCAUGGCUCCUCUGAAUUUGGCAAGCGAUUUUCCGACAGUCAUGAUCUCCUAAAACAUUUAAGAAUCCAUACUGGAGAAAAGCCAUAUGUCUGUUCUGAAAGUGGAAAAAAAAAUUCCCAUGAUUCCAGACUUCAGUCGCACAUAACAGUUCACCCUGGAGAAAAACCUUAUUGCUGCUCUGAAUGUGGCAAGCGAUAUUCUGAUAGGCGUGGUCUCAGAGUACAUAAAAGAACCCACACGGGAGAAAAGCCAUAUGUCUGUGCUAAAUGUGGGAAAGGAUUCAAACAAAGUGGCCAUCUUCAGUCCCACAAAAAAAUUCACAUUAAAGAAAGACCUCAUUGCUGCUCUGAAUGCGGCAAGCGAUUUUCUGACAGUCGUGAUCUCCUAAAACAUUCAAGAAUCCAUUCCACAGAAAAUCCAAAUGUCUGUCCUGAAUGUGGGAAAAGAUUUCCCUAUAAUGCCAGACUUCAGUCGCACAUAAGAUCUCACACUGGAGAAAAACCUCAUUGCUGCUCUGAAUGUGGCAAAAGAUUUUCUCACAAGUAUGGUCUCGUAAAUCAUUCAAGAGUCCAUAGUGGAGAAAAUCCACAUGUUGUUUCUGAAAGUGAGAAAGGAUUUUCUAACGAGUAUGGUCUCCUCGAUCAUUCAGGUGUCCAUAGUGGAGAAAAUCCACAUGUCGUUUCUGAAAGUGGGAAAGGAUUUUCCCAUAAUGCCGAACUUCCGUCGCACAUAGCAGUUAACACUGGAGCAAAACUUAAUUGCUGCUCUGAAUGUGGCAAGCAAUAUACUGACAGCUGUGGUCUCAGAGUACAUACAAGAACUCGCACGGGAGAAAAGCUGUAUGUCUGUGCUAAAUGUGAUAAAGGAUUCAAACAAAGUGGCUAUCUUCGGUCCAACUUAAAAAAUCAUAUUGAAGAAAGACCUCAUCGCUGCUCUGAAUGUGGCAGGAGAUUUUCCGACAUUUGUGAUCUCCUAAAACAUUCAAGAAUCCAUAAUGGAGGAAAGCCAUAUGUCUGUUCUGAAUGUGGAAAAAGAUUUUCCCAUGAUUCCAGACUUCAGUCGCACAUAACAGUUCACACUGGAGAAAAACCUCAUUGCUGCUUGGAAUGUGGCAACAGAUUUUCUAACAAGUCUGGUCUCCUAAGACAUACAAGAAUCCACACUGGUGAAAAGCCCUUUGGCUGCGCUGAAUGUGGGAAAAGAUUCAUUGACAGCAGAAAUUUUCAGAGCCAUGCAAGAACUCACACUGGAGAGAAGCCAUAUGCCUGUUCUGAAUGUGGCAAACGAUUCAGCCAUGAAAGCGGUUUUCGGGCCCAUAUAAGAAUUCAUACAGGAGAAAAACCUUAUUGCUGCUCUGAAUGUGGUAAACGAUUUCCCCAAUUUGCCAAUCUGAAAAGGCAUGCAAGAACCCACUCUGGGGAGAAGCCUUAUUGCUGCUCUGAAUGUGGCAAAAGAUUCAAUGAGAGUAGUGCUCUUCAGAGGCACAUGACUGUGCACACACAAGAGGAAGUUGGGACGCUGUUACAUGUCAAAAUAUGCUAAUGAAUUGUGAGACAGGAGUGGCACACUCAUGGAGCAACACUCCUAAUUACAAAAUCGGACCAAAACACUACUGCCCCAUGACCUUGUAGCGAGUUCUUCUUAAAGUAGGACGAGGAGCCCGGCACACACGAAAAUCUGCUACUCUUAGGGAAAAACUAAUAUUAUCCGGAAUGGAACCAAACAGAACUUUAGCCCCAAUUUGAUCCCCUCAGCUGGAAAUGUCCUUUAAGAAUUUACAAAAGGAAAUAACCACCCCAACAAUUUUAUUUAAAAACACAAGAAUAUAUAUUAUAAAUCAAUCAAAAAAACUAUAAACACCCUUUAAGCAAUCCUCCACAGAUCCGGAACAACUAAACAAACACUAAUUAAUAUACCACCCCCUGGAAACCUUCUAUAGUAUACUCCCCAAAAAAGAAAGAAAGAAAAGGAAAUGUCACAUAUUUACUGCCAGCACAAACAGAUUCACAGCACACACAUAU